AAGGGCAGAUUUUGUUUUUCUUCACUCAUGUGCGUUAGUGGAAAGGGAAGGGAGAGGAAAAAAAUCCAAAAUGGCCGACCUUUUGCUAGUCCCUUCCCUUAAAACGUCAGCAAUUGGAAGAGGAGGAUUAAAAAAAGUUCAUUUUGUUCUGGUGCUUCGCUCUGAGUAGGUUGUUCACGUUUUGAUCAUAGCCUGGCCGAUUCUCUUCCCUCUGGUGUUGUUUCACUAGUUAACAUCGUUUAAAGUGUUCAUUAUUCAAGUGAAAGAUUUUGCACACCACAUUGGUAGACGUUUUGCUUUCAUGGGCAACAGUUUUUUUGGUCUCUUCCGGUCCAUAUCAUCACUCCAAAAGAGGAAAAUAUUUGCCGAAUUUCUUGCUAAACAAAAAUGAAUCGAAGCGCCGAGAAAUCAUUUACCACACAACUAGAAGAGACGUUCAUACCUUUGUUUGCUGAUAAUUGGUGUCAAACGCUUAGCGAGGUCACGACAACGGAUUUCAAAUGGAACAUUCCGUUUCCGUUUCUAGGAUAUCCUCCGCCUUCUAUGAAAUCAUCCCGUUUUUCAUCAGGAGACUUUUGCUUUUGGACUCUUGAUCUUCAGCAGGCCUCAUUAAAAGACCAAGUAAAUAUUAUGCUUGAAUAUCAUCCCGGCGCAAACAACACUAUAACCGGCGGUUCCGCUCAAGUGAUCACUAGAAUUCAGAAUAAACAACGCGAUAUAUUUCCCACAAAAACGGUCGUUAUUGUGAGUGAUGGGUUGGGUUCAUUCAAUCGACAUGAGGUGUCUCGUUUUUUUAAAACAAAUUUUCCAAAAUCUGUUUUUUAUGAAGAAGAAGGCAACGUUACUAUCUACUGUACUGUAAAAAUGUGGACUUUGAAGGAAAACAAAUCGCGCACGUCUUCGUCUAAAAUUGCGUCCGAUGUUUGUCACAAUGAAUUAGUUUUGACCCAACUUGAAGAACUAUUUAAAAACAAGUCGCUAAGUGACGUUAAGUUAAUCGUCGGAGGGCGAACAUUGCACGCCCACAAGAUCAUCCUAUCAGCAAGAAGCAAAGUGUUUACUGCCAUGUUUGAGAAUGAAACAGCAGAGAAAUUGUCGAACAAGGUAGACAUCCGGGACAUCGAUCCGGACGUUUUCCAUGAAGUGCUCGGUUACAUGUACACUGGCCGGAUGUCUUCUGGAACGCUGGAGAAAAUGGCAGUCGGUGUUUUGGCGGUAGCGGAUAAGUAUUUGCUGGAUCAGUUGAAAGCUGAGUGCGAAACUCAUUUGAUAAACAGCAUGUCCGCCGACAAUUGUGCGGAGCUGCUUGCACUUUCCGCCCAGCCUCAUCCAGCGAUGCAUUUGAAAAAGUAUGCUUUUGAUUUCCUCCGGCGUUAUCCUUCCCUUGUGAUGGCGACCGAUGGAGGGAAAAAGGCGAAAGAAGAGAAACUCCUUUGGUGGUAUGAAUCCAUUGAAAUGCUGUGCAGUCAGAGGGUAUUGGAUGCCGAGCAUUAGAUGAGAAAUAACUGCACUGUUCGAAUGAAAAUAAUCUGCAAAAAAAUUAAUCUAGAAUCGGUCUGUUCCAGAAUUCUUGUUAUAAGUUGUGUUUUUUGGAUAUAGUGAAGUUACGUCUCCUAUUCAUCUCGUGGGCUGUGUCGACUGAACAAGGAAAUUGAAAUAUACAAAGCAAAGUGAGUCAA